AUGUCCUCUUGCAUUCACCUUCUCCCUCCCGUCUCAUUCCCGUUUCCAUCUCAACCGCUUCCCUUUUCCCGCCACAAACCUCUUUAUCUUCUACGCGCCACACCAACCUCAGCCACCGACGCCGUUCAUGUCGCACCUUCGAAACUUGUCUCUCAGUCACGCUCUCCGGAGUGGUGGAUUGAUUCCCUCCGGUCGAAAGUUCGAUCCAGUUUGCUCCGUGAAGCCGUCUUGACUUACGUUGACAUGAUCGUCUUGGGUAUCAAACCGGACAAUUUCGCCUUCCCUGCUUUGCUCAAGGCUGUAGCCGAUCUCCAGGACAUGGAAUUGGGGAAACAGAUUCACGCCCACGUGUAUAAAUUUGGGUACGGAGUCGAUUCCGUGACUGUUGCCAACACUCUUGUGAAUUUGUAUAGAAAGUGUGGAGAUUUCGGAGCUGUCUACAAGGUGUUCGACAGAAUUUCCGAGAGAAACCAAGUCUCUUGGAAUUCGAUGAUUUCUUCUCUGUGCAGUUUUGAGAAGUGGGAAAUGUCGUUAGAGGCGUUUCGGUGUAUGUUGGAUGAUAAUGUGGAGCCUAGUUCGUUUACCUUGGUGAGUGUGGCUCUUGCUUGCUCGAAUCUGCCUGUAACCGAGGGAUUGAUGAUGGGUAAGCAGGUUCACGCCUAUAGUUUGAGAAAAGGUUAUUUGAAUUCGUUUCUCAUCAAUACGUUAGUGGCUAUGUAUGGUAAACUGGGAAAGUUGGAAUCUUCGAAAAUCUUACUUGGAACUUUUGAAGGCCGUGACUUGGUCACAUGGAACACUGUGUUGAGCUCGUUAAGUCAGAACGAGCAGUUUCUUGAAGCGUUGGGGUAUUUGCGUGAAAUGGUGCUCAAAGGUGUUGAACCAGAUGGGUUCACUAUUUCAAGUGUUCUUCCUGUUUGUUCACACUUGGAGAUGCUACGCACCGGGAAAGAAAUGCAUGCCUAUGCUUUGAAAAACGGCUGUUUGGAUGAGAAUUCUUUUGUUGGGAGUGCUUUGGUUGACAUGUAUUGCAAUUGCAAGCAAAUGUUGAGCGGUCGUCGAGUGUUUGAUGGAAUCUUUGAUAGAAAGGUUGGUCUUUGGAAUGCUAUGAUCGCUGGGUAUGCUCAGAACGAGCAUGACGAGGGAGCGUUGUCUCUGUUUAUUGAAAUGGAAGAAAGUGCAGGGCUUUUGGCUAACACAACCACAAUGGCGAGUAUCGUCCCUGCUUGUGUCCGUUCUAAUGCAUUCUCCAGAAAAGAAGCGAUCCAUGGUUUUGUUGUGAAAAGAGGCUUAGAUGGAGACAGGUUUGUGCAGAAUGCGUUGAUGGAUAUGUAUUCUAGGCUGGGGAAGGUCGAUAUCGCCGAGAUGAUAUUCGGUAAAAUGGAAGAUAGAGAUUUAGUUACAUGGAACACGAUGAUUACUGGUUAUGUAUUCUCGGAAUGCCAUGAGGAUGCGCUUCUUGUGCUACACAAGAUGCAAAACCUUGAAAGAAGAGCAGGCGAGGGUGUUCGCCGAGCUGGUCUGAAACCUAAUUCCAUCACACUGAUGACAAUCCUCCCAAGCUGCGCUGCACUAUCAGCAUUAGCAAAGGGAAAAGAAAUCCACGCUUACGCUAUCAAGAACAAUUUGGCAACCGAUGUGGCUGUAGGAAGCGCUUUAGUUGACAUGUACGCAAAAUGUGGAUGCCUACACAUGUCGAGGAAAGUGUUUAAUCAGAUUCCAAUGAAAAACGUUAUAACUUGGAAUGUGAUUGUAAUGGCUUAUGGGAUGCACGGAAACGGGCAAGACGCCAUAGAUCUGCUCAAAAUGAUGAUGGUUCAGAAAGUAAAACCAAACGAGGUUACAUUCAUCUCAGUAUUUGCAGCUUGUAGCCACUCAGGCAUGGUGGAUGAAGGAUUAGAGAUAUUCUACGAUAUGAGAAGCAACUACGGUGUUGAACCUAGCUCAGAUCAUUACGCUUGUGUUGUAGAUUUGCUUGGAAGGGCUGGUAGAGUUAAAGAAGCGUAUGAGCUCAUGAACGCGAUGCCUCUUGGUUUUGACAAAUCUGGAGCUUUGAGUAGCCUCCUCGGCGCUUGUCGGAUUCACAAUGAGCUAGAAAUUGGAGAAGUUGUUGCUCAGAAUCUCCUUCAGCUGGAACCAAAUGUAGCUAGUCACUAUGUGCUACUUGCUAACAUUUAUUCAUCAGCAGGCCUCUGGGAUAAAGCAACAGAGGUAAGGAGAAGAAUGAAAGAGCAAGGUGUGAGAAAAGAACCUGGAUGUAGCUGGAUCGAGCAUGGCGAUGAAGUACAUAAGUUCAUAGCCGGUGACUCAUCUCACCCGCAAAGCGAGAAGCUCCGUGAAUAUCUGGAGACCUUGUGGGAGAAAAUGAGAAAAGAAGGAUACGUCCCUGACACAUCUUGUGUGCUUCACAAUGUGGAAGAAGAUGAGAAAGAGGUUUUGCUUUGUGGACACAGUGAGAAGCUAGCGAUUGCGUUUGGGAUACUUAACACAUCGCCUGGUACGGUUAUUAGGGUGGCUAAGAACCUCAGGGUUUGUAACGACUGUCAUCUUGCUACGAAGUUUAUAUCGAAGAUUGUUGAUAGAGAAAUCAUCUUGAGAGAUGUUAGGAGAUUUCAUCAUUUCAAGAAUGGAACUUGCUCCUGUGGAGACUAUUGGUGA